AUGGCUGAGGAAAGUCAAGUUGCAGAUUAUUUUGUCGUGGCUGGACUGCCUGAUGAUCCAAAGCCUAUGGACGAUUACACUGAUGGUACUCAUUUAAAACAGAAUCAAAGUUUAGCACCUAUAACAGACAUAACAGUUAUUUUUCCAUCUCUGGGUGAGAUUUGCCCAGAAGGAUGGCAAGUUCUAGAUCACACACCCACAGGAUUGAUGGCUGAUUUAAAUUAUGGGAGUUUGCAUAGUCCAGAAGCCUACAUAUGUUAUAAAAGAGGAAGGCGUAAACCUCCUUUAGUGGAUAUAGGAAUUUUAUAUGAAAAUAAAGAUAGAAUAUUACCAGAUAGUGAAAUAGUAUUAAAAACACCAUAUGACAGAAUAGCGAAUGUGAGUAAUGCAAAUUCUAGAACUUUUUUAACAUAUAGAAGAGCUAAAUAUGAUAUGCCUGCCAAUGAAUUAGUUGUUACAAAUAUAUGUGUAAUUAUAACGAGUAAAGGAGAGAAAGCACCUCAUGCUUUUUGUGUCAUUAAAAAAAAUUUAAAUAAAGGAGUAUUUGCACAAGAUGUUUACCUUUGUUAUAAAAAAUCCAUGAAUAGAGCUAAUUUAAUAUCUUACAAACCUGGAAUUUUAUGUCGAUAUCCCAUGUGGGAUAGGCCUGACUGGAAAUUACAUUCAAACGUUCCAUUAUUUUGUUUACCAAUGGGAGCAACAUUAGAAGUUUGGGCUCCUGAAGCAUCUCAGCCUGCUCCAGUUUUUUCAACGUUUGUUUUAACAGUAUCCGAUGCAGCAGAAAAAAUAUAUGGUUCUGCCAUAACUUUUUAUGAAAGAUAUCCAGUGGAAAAAUUAACAGAAGAGCAAAUAGCCGUCCUAGAAAAAUCAUUGGAAAGUGAAAAAUCAAUUUUCAAUUCGGAUUUGAGUUCAGCCGUAAUAUCCGGAUCUCACACAUUCAAUGUUAACAAAUGUAUAUGCUUGUUAAGUCACUGGCCUUUUUUUGAUACUUUUGAAAAAUUUUUAAGAUUUUUAUACGAAUUGUCGACUACGGGUCCGCACUCGGUGCCCAUAGAACGUUACAUUUCAAAUUUUUUGGAAAAUGUUCCGUUUCCGUCUCCGCAGAGACCUCGGAUUCUCGUACAAUUGUCAGCAAAAAGUAAAGUAGUAUUAUAUCAACCAGAGGAUAUUCCAUUACCAAGAAGUGGAGCUGGAUUUCGAGAGCUUUUAUCAAAUUUAAAUUCGGAAGAUUAUUUGUUGGUAUUGUUAUUAAUUUUAACGGAACAUAAAAUUUUAGUACAUUCAUUGCGACCUAAUGUUCUCACAUCCGUAGUCGAAGCUCUUUCGAUGAUAAUGUUUCCGUUCAAGUGGCAAUGCCCUUACAUACCACUUUGUCCAUUAGGUCUUGCCGAAGUUCUUCAUGCUCCGGUACCAUUUUUAAUAGGUGUCGAUUCAAGGUUUUUCGAUAUGUACGAUCCACCAUCGGAUGUUACAUGUAUAGAUUUAGAUACUAAUAAUAUAACUCUGUCCGAAGAAAAAAAAAAUUUAUCGUAUAAAUUACUUCCGAGAAGAGCUGCUAAAAAUCUUAGGUAUACGUUAGAUGCUUUGUGUAAAAAAUCUUUGGUUAACGAUUAUGCCAAAAUGUCAUCAAACAUGGAUGAUGAAGACUUCACCGAUAGCGCUUUAAGGUUUAUGGUUAAAGAUAAAGAGCAAAAAUUGGAGUUGGAAAUACAGGAAGCUUUUCUGAGAUUUAUGGCGACCAUAUUAAAAGGAUACAGAUCCUAUCUUUUGCCAAUUAUCAAGGCACCCACUGUGGGAACGACGGAUCCAAAAUCUCUUUUUGAUUUGCAAGGUUUUUUAAAAUCGAGAGAUAAAAACGAGCACAAAUUUUUCGUCAUGCUUAUGAAAACUCAAAUGUUUAUUCGUUUUAUCGAAGAACGUUCGUUCGUGUCUGACAACGACGCGGGAUUGGCUUUCUUCGAUGAAUGCACCGAAAAAGUCGAAGAUACUACUUAUAGUCGUUUGUUGGAAUUUGAAGAAUUUGAAGAAUCUCACAAAAGUGAGAGAACCGUUUUUAUCCCUCCUCCCGAGCCGAGCGGUUUAUCCCCAGGGAUUACUUAUAAUUAUCAGGGUUUUAAUUUAGAUAAUAGUUUAUUUAAAAGUAAAGAUACCAAAGACAUAUUAAAGGUUCCACUUCAGGAAAAUACUCCGGGGAGUCCGAUGGCUAGAAGGACAAAACACGAAGUGAAAUCUGCUCAAAAAUUAGCUCGUAGAAAACAUUCUCAAUCACCUCAGACUUGGGUCAAAUGUUUGUUGACCACGUGUUACAGUUUGUGGUUCAUUCAUUUGCCCAGUUUUGUGAUUAACGAUCCAUCGAAAUCAUCCGUUUGCCUAAGGAUAGCCUACGAUCUUUUAGUGAAGAUUCAAAAAUUGAAAUUAAAUCCGACGGACGAAGUCUGCUACCGGGUUAUGAUGCAAUUAUUCGGAGUUUAUAGUCAACCGGUUUUAGCCGUCAAUCUUCUUUCUCAAAUGAAAUCUUGCGGUAUUCAACCCAACGCACUAACCUACGGAUAUUACAACAGAGCUGUACUCGAAGCAACAUGGCCGUCUGAUCAAUCUCAUCCCAGCCAAUUGUGGAGCAAGUUGAGAAACGUUAUUGUUGGAGCUGCUUUGUUUCGUCGCGGAGGACACAGGGUAAAAAAUAAACUCUCCGAAGCAGAAUCUUGUUUGUCAAUCGCUUCCGUCGAAAAGGGAGAUUUUCUCUCCGAGUUGGAUAAAUCAAUGAUGAAAAGAAAAGGAAGUAUAAUGAAACCGUCUCAGCAAAAUUUACGCGAAUUAAUUUCAUAUCAACCAUUGGAAAAUAGUGCGGGUAUAUUGAUGACCGGAUUAAAAAAAUCUCCUCCGAUAAGCAGGAGGCAAAAGAGUUACACGGAUUUUAAUCUUAGAUUGCAACAAACGAGUCCUAGUGUUGCCGAUGUAAAUGCGGUCAGACUGCGAAGAGGUAGUAUGUCACCCACAAUCACGGAGAAUGACACUUUAAAAUUACUCAUGAGAUGUGAUAGUUUUGCUAAUGACACGUCAAUUUUGGAAAAACACAAUCGUUGUAAUAAAAUAAACGAAAGCAAUGCGGCGUUUACAUCGAAAACUCUUUCGGUACCACGUGAAAGUUCGGAAUCACUCGACAUAACGGAUGAUAUUUCGUUAGAUGAAAGUUGGAGUAGUACUCGUAAAACGAGUAACAAACGAGAAAGUAUUAAAAAUGAUGGUAAAUUAGACACGCCGACACGGACUCGGUUGAUCUCCAAAUUAAAUUGCCUGGGAUCCGACUGGAACAGGAAUGAGUGGACAGCAUCGCAGGAUUCGAUAGAAUCGGCACCGUUUUUAGAUUGGUUAGUUGUUGGUAACACUGAAAAUUACAAACGCAGCAAGGAAAAUGAUGAAAAUACGAAUUUAAAAGACUAUCAAAUUGGAAAACCCGUAUGGAAAAGUUCUGAGGGUUUAUUAAACGCGGAUGACGUGAAAAGAAUCCCAUGUAAAGAACCGAGAAAUCCGCGUUCGGCGAGUGAAAGUAGAGAAGGUUCUAAAAACGAAGAGAAAAAGACUUUAAAUUGCAGUCAGGAUAAUUUAAAAACGACAACAACUUGCAGUAGUUUAUUAAAUUCAUCCGAAGACAUUUUAGACCUUGCAUCUAAUCCUAGUCAAACUGAUUUGCUGAGUUGUGGAGAUUUUAAAAGAUCAGAAGAUGACAUUGAAAACGCGAUGGAAAGAGAAUUAAACGAAAGUAAAAAUAGUAAUUUGGGACAAUCGUUAAAAACUUCUCCGAUUCGAACUCCGGUCACGGAAAACGAUCCUCUGGGCGCUUUGCAAUCGAAAGAUGAAAUAAAUGGAACCGGAAAUGACGUUUUGACGAAAUUAGUCGAUUCGAAAAAUUUUAAAAAUAAUUCGGAUUCGAUCGAAGACUGCGAACUGUUGUCGUCGAGAAUGAAAUACGAUUUAUUAAUAGGCGGUUUGUUUUCUCAUCAUCCGUUCAAAAAGAAAGAGGGAGAUCACGUGGGUCAUUCCGGCGGAAGCAGACGACGAGACAGUGAAAAAUACAUUCAGGAAGAUGGGGAUCACGACGGAGGAUCUAGAGUUCCCAAGAGUGCAACUUUUCACAACGGACGAGAUAAAGAAACAACCAAAUCGAAAACAAUUCCAAGAGGAUCGACUUCACCCACAAAUGUAGAUAAAAAAAAUAAUUUUUUUAAAAUUUCAAACGGAAAAACCGUUAUUUUACAAAAUGAAACAUUUUUUAAAUUCAAGGAAAGUCCUUUCGUACGGAAAUCGUUACAAAGAUCCACGACUAUGCCCGACACGGCUGCUGCCACGACCGUUUCUUCCAGUUCUUCCGUGGCUUCUAGUUUGAGUAGUUUUAGUUCAAAUUUUAAAUUUUCGUUUAGCGGAUCGAAAAAAUCAAACGAAUUGCUUCUGAGCGGUUUUAACACUGUCAAAUCGGCUGCUUCAUCGGUUGCUAAAAAAAUCGAAGAAGUCAUGUCGACGAAUUCGACUCCGGUUAAAUCGUCAAACGUACUCUUCUCCUUGAUUCGUUUGUUUAGAUCUCACGAAUACGACGAAGAAGAAUCGGAUUGUGCGGUUGAAAAAAAUGCAACGUUGGAUUUCGAAUCGUGGGGAACGAAUUUAAAAGAAUUUUUCGGAGACGGAAGUCGUAAGGGAAGUUCUGCCAACCUUCAACCCCCUUGUUUCGAAGUCGAACCCGUUUCCGAAGAGAUAUUAGUGGAAAGUUUAUACGGGAAAAAUGCACCGUUUAAAAAUGUCGACGUUCAAACCGCGUUCGUUGCGGUCAUGACGACUUGUUGUAAAUGUAACAAUUGUCAUUCUGUUUUGUACGACGAAGAAAUCAUUGCCGGAUGGACACCGGACGAUUCGAAUCUUAACACGAAAUGUCACUUUUGCGAGAAACCGACGUUGCCCUUUUUAUCGGUCACACUGUACGAUCACAGGGGAACGGACAAGGGGAGAAAAUUAUCCAUUCAAAAACCUCAUCUUUCGCAGAGUUUUUUAAAUCGUAACCUGACGAACAGUUCUCUGUCCGUCAACGCGACGGGUAGUUUGAUAGAUAUAAAAAACGAAAUAAAAGAAACGAACGAUGAAAACGCUUCUUCCUCGGACGGUGUUGACGUCGUUGAUGACACGUCCGAAAACAAACGCGACAACAACGGAAAUAAUAAUAAUAAUAAUAAAGACGAUUUCGCGGUGGCGAAAAGGGUAGAAGAUAAACCGUCGUCGUCAUCAUCGUGCGAACAAAUCGAAAUAAAUAACGAGCCCUACGUGGCCGAACCCAUAAUAGUUCCUUAUUUGAAUCCUCUCGUGUUGAGAAAAGAAUUGGAAAAUAUAUUGCAUCAUGAAGGAGAUCAAAGUUUGACGAAACCAUCGUUUGUCGAUCAACAUCCCAUUGUUUAUUGGAAUAUGGUUUGGGUGUUUGAAAGAAUCAACUUCACGAGUCACUUACCGGGAUUAGCUUUAAAAAGUUCGGUUGUCAAAAAGAAACAAUUCAUACACAGGUCGUGGAUAUCGGAUUGCGAUGCCGGAAGCAUUUCGAUAAAAUGUCUUUGGGACAAUCCGAGACUUUACGAAGAGAUCGGACAGCCAAUGUAUUUGCUCUGGCAAGAUGAAAGCAGUCAGAGUCCUUUGGUGAACGCUCUCGUCACAGAUAGAAUGACAAUGCAAAAAAGCGUGAUGCAAAAUAUAAUAGCGAGUCUGAGACGGGAUAAACUUUACGACGCCAUGAGAUUAUUGAUUAACGAACGUACAAAAAUCCGUCAUUCGCAUUCUCUCUACAGGGAUAUAUUAUUUUUAGCAAUAGCUGCUUGCGAUCGGAGAAACAUCAUUUUAGAUUCAUUCGAUCGCGAAUAUGGCGUUUCGUAUGCCAAAUUAAAAUCGGAAGACAUUUUGUUGUUAGAUUGUGAUAAACCUCCAGUUAGUGCCUCAUAUCGUAAUUAUUUUCGUCCUCUUUUGUUGUCUCACCAAAUAAAUUAA